AUGAGGAUCAAGUGGCAGGAUAAGUUGCCAGACACAGAAGUCUUCUCCAGAGCAGGCUUACCAUCAGUUUACACCUUAUUGAUGAAAGCCCAGAUGCGCUGGUCAGGCCACGUCGUAAGGAUGCCAGACCAUCGCAUCCCUACACAGAUCUUCUAUGAAAAUUGCUACUAUGAAGGGAGGACAUACAAACAUGGCGACACGGUGACCCAAGACUGCUACAUCUGUGAGUGUGUCAAAGGAGAAAUCAAAGACUGUCUGUUCACUGUGAAUUGCGCUGCAGACAAGAAAGCUUCCCUGAAUGAAGAAAGCAUUAAUUAUAAUGAUGUUCCGGAUGUUUUUGGAAGCAGCGACCAGACAGCCCCAAAACGUCUAAAGCGUUCCAAGGACAUGUCUGGGAAAUCAAAUAGCUCUGGUGGAAAUGAAGAUGAAGGUGAAAAGAAGAGGAUUGAAGAUGAGCUUAGAAAGAUGUCAGAGGAAAAGCAAAAGCAGACAAAUCUAUUUGAUUUGAAAGGAGGCAAAUUACAGUUGGGUGAUGUCAAAGUAGUGGGUGAUGCCAAUCUUGGGGGUUUCACUGGUCACCAAUCUGGAAAAAUUAAGUUUGAGAAACCUAAGCCUGCUCAGGAGGUGAAUCCCACUGAACCAGAGACCCCAGUUCAGCCUGAGGAACCAGUGAUCCCCAAGAAAGGGGAACCUACUCCAGCAGUUCCAUCCAUGGGGAAAUCUUGUACAUUCAACCAUGAUUCUGUGUCUCAUAGAGAUACUGUAAAACUCAACUGUGUUACUUGUACUUGCAAUGAUGGCUUACUGACCUGUGUGAAAAAUCUGGACUGCCCAGGUGUCUGUUCAGUGACUGGUUUCCAGAUGAUUCGUACCUUUGAUGGGACAUUGUAUGAAACGCCUGGAGAUUGUAGUUACAUUUUGGCUAAGACUGCAGCCUUCACAAUCAGCUUGAAUAAUAAACCCUGUUCAGAGUUGGGUGGUAACAACUAUAAUAAAGGUGCAGUUUGUAUUGAAUCUGUAGACAUUUACAUCCCAUCGAAAGCCAGCAUAAAACUCCUUAAUGAUGGAAAAAUCUUGUCAGAAGGAGAAACCACAGUUCUCCCUUACUUCCUCAUAGACACUAUUACUGUCAUAAGAAGUUCUUCCACCUUCCUGGAUGUGGUGAGCCCAUUGUUUAACCUGCAGUAUGACCUUACUCUUAACCGCCUAUAUGUUAUCCUUGAUGCCAGCUACAAAAACCAAACCAGUGGCUUGUGCGGAACUUACAAUGACAAUCGUAAUGAUGAUUACAGGAGCUCAAAUGAUAUCACUGAGACUGUAUCCAGCUUCUUCAGCAAAUCCUGGAAGACACAAUCUCAGUGCUCAGAACAUGCAAAACAAUUGGAAGACGAAGAUAAAAAAGUUACUGCUGAUUUGAUCUGUUAUGAAGCCUUGGAAAGCUCCAUCUUUGAAGACUGUGCUCUUCUUAUUGACACCCACUCCUACAAGAUCUCUUGUGCCAAUAGUGUCUACUACAAUGAACAGAUUGGGCUUUGUGCAGCUUUAGCAGACUAUGCUUAUCGCUGUGGCCGGGCAGGAAUAUUUGUUCCAGUUAGUUCUUCAUUCUCAGACUGCACUCCGGCUUGUGAAGGGGAUAUGACUUUGAUUACAGAUGAUACCUUUUCACAACAGGAUUGUGCUGAAUUCUCUUCUACACACCUUAAAAAAAUUACAUCUUCUAUCCCACUGAAUGAAGCUUGUGUCUGUCCUCCUGACCUAUACUAUGAUGCAUCUCUGAAUAGUUGUGUGUUUGGAGAUUCAUGUCCUUGUUACAACAAUAACCAUCUGUACAAGUUAGGCGAGACUAUAACCCAGGCCGAUGGACAAACAUGCCCUUGUGAGAGAUUAUUGCAAUGUGGUGACCCAGAAAUAUCCCCACCAGAGGUGGAAAAGUGCCCUGAGAAUGAAAUCUAUUCAGAUUGUUUAGCUGGCUUUGGAAAGUCUUGUGAGCUCUCUUGUAGCAACUUGGCUAUAUUCGAAAACGGAUGUAUCCUUGAAUGCAUUCCAGGAUGUGUCUGUAAAUCUGGUCUUCUGAGGAGCAGUGAUGGAAGUUGCAUACCACUAAAUGAAUGCCCUUGUGUCCAUGGAGAUGAGUUGUUUCAACCAGGAGAGACACUGGCCCAGGACUGUAACACUUGCACAUGUGAAAAUGGAAAGUUCUCAUGUACCAAUAACCAAUGUAACAAAGUGUGUAAUGCUUACGGUGGAUCACAAUUCUUCCUUUUCGACAAUGUCUGGAAAACUUUUACCACAGGAAAAUGUGCAAUUGUGCUAGUUGAGUCUCGUGAAGAUGAAAGCCCAUUCUUCAAAGUUAUAAUGAAGAAUGAUCCAAAUGCAGACAUGGGAGGAGCUCUUCUUAAGAAGACUAUCUACAUCACAUUUGAAGGAGCAAGUGUAGUGCUGAGUGAAUUUGACACCACAGUGGCAUAUGAACUAGGCAGUAGGACUCAAUUAAGAACUUACAGAUCUGGAUUCUAUGUGGUGGUCCAUUUCCUGGAGGGUCUUGCUGUGUACUAUGACCAACAUCUAGAUGUUAUCAUUCAACUGGAACCAAAACUACAGGGCAAAGUUCAAGGUAUGUGCGGUGAUGCUGAUGGAACCACCACUACCGAGAUAUCCAUUAGUAAUAUGGCUCAAUAUGCCACUCAGUUCCUGUAUGAUGAGUGUCCUGAAGUGCCACCUCCCUCUCCUGUUACUGAUAAUCACAAUACAUUUGUGGAGAAACGAUGCAGCCUUCUUAGGAGUGAUGAGUUUUCUGAAUGCAACACAUUGGUGAAUGUGGAGCCUUACUACGUGGCUUGUGUUGAGGAAACAGAGGCCUGCACAGAGGGGGAAAGCUGUCUUUGUUUCUGCACUGCCUUGGCAGCUUAUGCCCGUGCCUGUUGCCGCAAGGGUAUCACCAUUGAAUGGAGAAGUCCUGACACAUGCCCAUCUCCUUGUGAAUAUUACAACAGAGGUGCUGGAGAAGGUCCAUACCGCUUGGUAAUGAUGAACGGCAAAAACUUAGUGGCUGAUAACAAGACAGUGUCACUGGAAGAUGAUACUCCUGGCAACUUGAAGGCUAGCUUCAUGGUCACUCCAAGCCUUUAUGUGGACCAACAUAAGAAUGGAAGAAGGUUGAUCUCCUUGGAGUCUGCACAACACCAGAACUACUUUAUUGUACAGAUUGAUGAUGCAAGUCUAAGCCUGAUGAAGUGGCAACCAAGUGUAGAAUUCCGUAGAAAAGCUACUUUUGUUUUGAGGCCAAGUCGCUGGGUGAAGGGAUUCAAUGCUCUGGAAUCCUAUUUAUCACGAGGACUUUAUCUUUCCAACAGUGCCGAAGGUCUAGUAAUGUCGAAAGUGAAAUCAGCAAAUAUGCUGCAGAUGAGCUUCAAACUUAUCGAGGAAAGUUUUGGCUUGCCAUCCUUCUCUAUAUGUACCUGGAAAUACAAAGCAUGUGGAAAUCCAUGCAUUCCAACAUGUCAGGAUCCUCUUGGUACAAAGUGCACAUUGACUCUCAAGGUUGAAGGUUGCUACCCCAUGUGUGCCCCAGGAAUGGUCUUUGAUGAAAUUACUCAUCGUUGUGUACAGUUUGAGGAUUGUGUCACUCCGACUGUUGAGCCCACUGUGGAGGAGUGCAAAGAUGUUACAUGUAAAGUGGAAGAGUGCAAAGAUGGGCAAUAUCUACAAGAAAUUUCUCCAUCAGACCCCUGCUGUCCAAAGUAUGAAUGUGUCGACUUCACAACAACCACCCAAUCGACUACACCAUAUGAGGAGUGCAAAGAUGUUACAUGUAAAGUGGAAGAGUGCAAAGAUGGGCAAUAUCUACAACAAAUUUCUCCAUCAGACCCCUGCUGUCCAAAGUAUGAAUGUGUCGACUUCACAACAACCACCCAAUCGACUACGCCAUAUAUAUGUAAAGAUGUCGUCUGUGAGCCACCACCAAAAUGUACUUUGAAUGGUUCUAAACUUGUAGAAAUCCCAUGGUCUGAUCCCUGCUGUCCACACUAUGAGUGUCAAUGUCAGGAGACCUGCAAUCCUCCUCCUACUUGCAGUGAUUUAAGCCCGCCAGUAAGAAUUGGAGACCCUAACGUUGAGUGCUGCCCAGAGUAUGACUGCCCCCUUAAAUCAUCUACCCCAGGCAAGUGUGCGGAUGUCAUCUGUCCUCCUCUACCAGAGUGUGAAGAAAAUGACAGAUUGGUGGAAGUGACCUCACAAAAUCCAUGCUGCAAGGAAUAUGAGUGCGAACCUAUCACUAUUUCUACUCCAACCCCCAAGCAAUGUGAUCUAGUCACAUUUUCUGUGGACGACUGCGCCCCUGGGGAAAAACUCCUUGUGAAACCAAACCCACAGAAUCCAGACUGUCCAGUGUAUGAAUGCGAAUGUGACCCAUGCCCCGCUCCUCCAUAUUGUAAUGGAAAUAAACCAAUAACGUCUAUUGACCCAGAAAAGGAAUGCUGCUUCACAUACAAAUGCCCUCAAGAAAGCACUCCACCACCUUGUACGGGUGUCAUCUGUCCUCCUAUACCAGUGUGUAAAGAAAAUUACAGAUUGAAGGAAGUGACCUCACAAAAUCCAUGCUGCAAGGAAUAUGAGUGCGUUCCUCCUCCUACAACUCCUCCAACCCCCAAGGAAACUACGCAUACUACAAUCAUCUCGAGCACAAAACAGAACUGUGAGGAGACAGUCUGCCAACCGAAGGUCUGCAAAGACUAUGAAGAACUGGUUGAACGACCAAAUCCAUUUGACCCAUGCUGUCCAAUCAAGACAUGCGAAUGUCCUUGCAAAACUAUACCAACCUGUGCCGCUGAUGAGCAGUUAGUGGCAGUACAGCAGAACAACCAGUGCUGUCCCAAGCUCAAGUGUGAGAAAAAGAAGGAUGAUUGUCAUCCUGUUCCCACCCAAGUGGUUAUAACAUCAGGAAAAUGCAGUGCCAACGUCAUACUAUCUUCUUGUAGUGGAUAUUGUCACUCCAAAACAGAGUAUAGCAAUCACUGGACCCCAGUUUCCCAAUGCCGCUGCUGUUCUGCAACAGAAACCCAUCCCAAAACUUUUGAGUUGCCAUGCACCGAUAGCACAAAGAUCCGCUGGACAGUGCAUGAAGCCACCCGGUGCGGUUGCAACAAAUGCUUUGAUGAUAAACCAAGUGGAUCUGGAAGCGGCAGCGGCAGUGGCAGCGGCAGUGGGGAUGAAACAAGUGGGUUCAGUCUGUGGUCACCUUUUGUAAUAAGAAAUUAAAUUUGUAGUUUGUAAUUAUAGCAUUUCCAGUUAAGGAAACCUUGCAAAAACCGCUGCUCUAAUUUCUGCAUCAUUGUGUAAGAGGCUUUUUUUCUAACCCUGGAUGGUAGAAAUCAGCCAUUUUUACUUACAGUGUAAAAUGCUGUAAAGAUUUCUUACUUCUUUCUCAAAGUUUGUCUCCACAUACGGCAGAACCAACCAAAUACACCAUACGGUUUGAUGUAACUCCUCGCAUUAGCAAUAUUUUUGACAUAUGCUGGUAUGGUGUUACUGCUUGCU